CCGUUAUCCAGGCCAGGCUGUCAUUCACCCACUCAGAUCUCCUGGUUUUUUUCCCCCCCUCCCUCCAACUCUUCCUUGGUGAAUCUCAGUGGGACAACUGCACGGGAUUUCAACACAGAGAGACGGUUUAUAAAAUAAGUUUGCUGCAGUAAGAAGGACGCGCAAGAUGAAGUUGGGUGGGGGCUGGGUGUGGCGCCUGCUGCUCCUGUCCUUGCUGACCGGGGCGGUCGUGGCGGCUCACGAGAACCAGUGGGAGGGGGACGUCUCGGACGAUGACUUGGGUUUGGACGAGGAGGAGCUGAAGGUUCUGAUGGGGGAGGACGAGGACGAGGAGGAAGCAACGGUGGCGGAUGAUGAUCAGUCUGAUGAAGCGGACCAGACGGGUUCUGAUGCCAACGUCACCUUCCAGGUAACUUACAAGACUCCAGUUCCUACCGGAGACGUUUACUUUGCUGAGACUUUUGAUGACGGAUUGCUGGACCGGUGGCAGCAGUCAAAAACAACAAAGGAGGAUGCAGAUGAUGACAUCGCCAAAUACGACGGAAAAUGGGCUGUGGAGCCGCUAAAGGAGAACAAGGUUCCAGGAGACCAGGGUCUGGUGCUGAAGUCCCACGCCAAGCAUCACGCCAUCGCUGCGAUGCUGGACAAACCUUUUGUCUUCAAGGAUAAGCCUCUGGUCGUUCAGUACGAGGUGAAUUUCCAGGACGGCAUCGACUGUGGCGGAGCAUACAUCAAACUCCUCUCAGACGCCGGAAAUCUCAAUCUGGAUCAGUUUCAUGACCGCACGCCUUACACCAUCAUGUUCGGACCGGACAAGUGCGGCGAGGACUACAAGCUGCACUUCAUCUUCCGCCACAAGAAUCCUCUGAACAGAGACUUGGAGGAGAAGCACGCCAAGAGGGCUGAUGUGGACCUCAAGAAGUUCUACACGGACAAGAAAACCCACCUGUACACGCUGGUCCUGAACCCAGACAACAGCUACGAGAUGUUCAUCGAUCAGUCGAGCGUUAGCCGCGGGAACCUGCUGCACGACGUGGUGCCUCCAGUCAACCCGCCGAAGGAGAUCGACGACCCGAAAGAUGCCAAGCCAGACGACUGGGACGAGAGGGCCAAGAUCCCCGACCCGGAGGCUGCGAAACCUGACGACUGGGAUGAAGAUGCGCCUGCAAAGGUUGAGGAUCCUGACGCGCUGAAGCCAGAAGGCUGGCUGGACGAUGAGCCAGAGUUUGUCUCUGAUCCAAACGCUGAAAAACCCGAAGACUGGGACGAGGAGAUGGAUGGCGAGUGGGAGGCCCCGCAGGUUCCCAACCCGGCCUGUGAGACGGCUCCUGGCUGCGGGGAGUGGAAGCGCCCCAUGAUCAACAACCCUCAGUACAAGGGCAAGUGGAAAGCCCUUCUCAUCGACAAUCCCAACUAUCAGGGAGUCUGGAAGCCGCAGAAGAUCAAUAACCCUGACUAUUUCGAGGACCUGCAUCCGUUCAGGAUGACGUCCUUCAAAGCUCUGGGACUGGAGCUGUGGUCGAUGACCUCCGACAUCUACUUUGACAACUUUAUCAUCACGUCUCACAAGGAGGUGGCUGACCGCUGGGCCGCUGACAGCUGGGGGCUGAAGAAACUGGUGGCCAGCGCUAACGAGCCAGGGAUUUUUGCUCAGCUGCUGAUGGCGGCAGAGGAGCGACCGUGGCUGUGGGUGAUCUACAUCCUGACCGUGGGCCUGCCCAUCGGACUGGCUGUGCUCUUCUGCUGGCCGAAGAAAUCGGAUGACUACGUCUACAAAAAAGCAGAUCUGCCCCGCGAUGAUAUAGAGGAGGAGGAGGAGGAAGAGGAGGAGGAAGGAGCAGAUGAGGAAGACAAAGCAGCUGAAGCUACAGUGGAAGCUCCAGCUGCAGCAAAAGAGGAAGAGGAGCUGGAGGACAGUGGAGCAGGAGCAGAGGAUCUUGAAGGGGAUGAUGAAGAAGAAGAAGAAGAGGAGGAGGAAGAAGAAGUAGAGGAGGACAGCAAAGCUCCAGAGAGGACGUUGGAUGAUGAGGGUGAAGGAGACGUUGCUGAAGAGAGCCACAAACAAGCUGUGAGGAAGAGGAGGGUAAGGAAAGACUGAGGAGGAGCGUCCUGCACCCGUUUGCUCCCCCUCCCUCCAUGAAGGGUCUUCUCUGUUGCUGCCCUUUCCUCCUCCAUCAGGGAGGAAGGAGCACAUUUUCCUCCGUCCUCACUACGACCCACACCUCGGCUCCACCCGUCCAGGUUUGCAGCCUCGUAGACCACAUCCGCUCUUUCCGUCUGCUCAUUUCCAUCCACCUCCCUGGAGAUUUAUGCAUUCAGCUCCACCCUCCUCCACCUUCUGCUCUAGAAGCUGUCAGGAAACCUGUCAGCCUGAAAGGCAGGCCUCUUUUCUUUUCUCCUCUCUUCGAUCUGUCCGUCUCCCGUCGGCAGCAGAAGAGCUGCUUCUCUCGUCGUCUCGCUGCAUAUCACAGGCCGGGCGGCGUGCCACAAGUUACGGUAGUUUUCUCGUCCCCUUUUCGAGGAACGAGCUCGAAGACAGUUUGACAAAGUUCCUCUGUUGUUUGAGACUGUUGUUUUCAGAACGGGACAGGAUGCCGAGCCGUGAGAAAACGUUACUGCAGCGAAAGCAGGAAACAAAAAAAAACCAAGUUCAACGUAACCGUUUCAUGUUUAGAUUUUAGGUAGUUAUCUUUUUCCAGCUUUUUUUACACCGUCCAAACAAGAUGAGAAUUAGCGCUAAGAAUUUUAUUUAUUGGUUUUGCUUUCGUCUUUAUGCCGGUAUGAGUGAAAGUUUGAUAUAAAGUGUUUCGAGACUUGAGGCAGUCGUUUAAAACUAUGUGCCACUGAUGUGCUUAUUUUUAGACAAGAUUUGUGAAAUGAAUAAAACUGACAUCAGAAAAAGCAGGUGCUUUUUACUGCCUUGCUCAGCAGUUGAAGGACAGAACAAGUGACUUUCUACUGGAAACUAAAACAUCUCAACCAGAACACAACAGUUUCACAGAUUCAGAGCUCAUUUGUUUUAUUUGC